AUGGCGUCCAGCAGGUACAACGUAUCAGCACCACGCUCGCCGACAGAAAUCGAUUCUUCACGGAUCAGAAUCGACAGCUUACUAAACCCCAACGGCGAUGAUGAAGUCUAUCCGAGGUGCUCUUCUGGCUCAUGGCCAGCGGCGGCAUACCACCACCACUAUCAUCCAUAUCAGCAGAGAGCACUCCCACGUUAUCCACCAACAAAUUAUCCUCAGAUACCAUAUCCCAGCAACACUCUACCACCAAUAGACACCCACUGCGAACCUUUGGGCAGAGGCUAUACAUCUGCGAGUACUUCUCCACGGCCAAACCACCGAGAACGAUUUCCGUCUGUGUCAAGUGGUUCAUCUACAACCGCGGAGCGCCGCCGUCCUCCUAGACCAAAAUAUGAGGAGGAAGAAAUGUACUUCAUCUGGUAUCACCGGGUGGAUUUACGUCAAGAGUGGAAACAAGUCCGGGAGAGUUUUAACACUCAGUUUCCAGACCGGCAACGAAACGGAUUCCAGGGAAUUCAGUGCAAAUACUAUCGGUUCAUUAAAGAGAAAAAAUGCCCUACUUUACGGGAGCAGCGGAGACAAAGGAAUGGAGAGAGUGGCGGGCCCCGACAACCCCAUGAUGACUCUCCAAUUUACGGAGUCAUCCGAUGGUGCAACGUUUGGUUUCCGUGGAUGAAGGAGACACCGACAGACAAGCAGCAGUUAGGAGAGCUUCAACGAUGA